GGUGCGGUCGCGAUCCGGGAGGGAGCGAGCUGGGAUCCCCAGCGAACACCUUGGCCGGCCUUUUGUGUUCCUGGUCCAGGGGGCUCAGGGUCAGUGUAAUCUUCAUUCAAGGAAAGUGUAAGAUAUCAUGGCAUCUGUCUGGGUUGGGCACCGAGGAACCAUUCGAGACUAUCCAGGCUUUAGCCCAUCUGUGGAUGCUGAAGCUGUUCGUAAGGCAAUCAGAGGAAUUGGAACGGAUGAGAAAACGCUCAUCAGCAUUCUAACUGAGAGAUCAAAUGCACAGCGACAACUGAUUGCCAAGGAAUACCAAACAGCGUAUGAGAAGGAGCUGAAAGAUGAUUUGAAGGGCGAUCUCUCUGGCAACUUUAAAUAUAUCAUGGUGGCUCUUGUAACUCCACCAGCCGUGUUUGAUGCGAAGCAGCUAAAGAAAUCUAUGAAGGGCACUGGAACAGAUGAAGAUACCUUGAUUGAAAUCUUAACUACUAGGACAAGCAGGCAAAUAAAGGAGAUCUCGCAAGCCUAUUAUACAGUAUUCAAGAAGAGUCUUGGAGAUGAUAUUAGUUCUGAGACAUCUGGUGACUUCCGGAAAGCUCUGUUGACUUUGGCACAUGGAAGACGAGAUGAAAGUCUGAAGGUGGAUGAACAUCUGGCCAAAAAAGAUGCCCAGGUCCUCUAUAAUGCUGGCGAGAAUAAAUGGGGCACCGAUGAAGAUCAGUUCACCGAGAUCCUGUGUUUAAGGAGCUUUCCUCAACUGAAACUAACAUUUGAUGAAUACAGAAAUAUUAGCCAGAAGGACAUUGAAGACAGCAUCAAAGGAGAAUUAUCUGGGCAUUUUGAAGACUUACUGCUGGCCAUAGUUCGUUGUGUGAGGAACACGCCUGCCUUUUUAGCUGAAAGACUGCAUCAGUCUUUGAAGGGUGCUGGAACAGAUGAGUUCACUCUGAACCGAAUAAUGGUUUCCAGAUCAGAAAUUGACCUUCUGGACAUUCGACAUGAGUUUAAGAAGCAUUAUGGGUAUUCCCUCUAUUCAGCAAUCAAAUCAGAUACUUCUGGAGACUAUGAAAUCACUCUCUCAAAGAUCUGUGGAGGAGAUGACGAGUAAAGAAGAAAAUCCUUGCUUCUUGCCAGCCCCCAUGAUGAACUUCUUUAACAGCUGUUAACUUUCUUCUCAUAGUACUUACACGUACAAACAGAUGUACAAUAGUGACUUGUUUAUCUAACAGAAAUUUUCAUUAUUCCAAAAUCACCACAUAAACAAAACUGGUGAUCUUAGGACAUUCCACUUAGAGUUUAUAGAAUAGUAGCUUAUAGAAUAAAUUUUAAAAAUGAUAUUAAGGAUCUGUACAUACAAUCUAACUGAUAUUUUCCCAAGGAAGUCAGAAUCAGUGUAGAUCUAAUCAUUAACUCUAAAGCAGGAUAAUAAAAAGUGAUACCUUUUUAAAAUGUAA